AUGGUUUUCGGCGCUGUCGGUAACAGCGCUGUGUCUUAUAUCUAUUACUGCAAACUUGAAAAGACGGCUACCAAUUUGUUUGUGGCUGUUUUAAGCGCUUGUGAUUUACUUAGUUGUCUAAUUUCUAUGCCGGUUGAGAUUGUCGGUCUCCGUUUUCCUCUCACCUUCCACAGUGACAUUGCCUGCCGUUUAAUUCGUUUCGUGGUCGCCAUGGGGACUAUAACGUCGGCCUUGAUUAUAUUCAUAAUAUCGGUCGACAGGUACUUACGCGUGUGCCGUCCACUGGGUCGGCACUUUUCGCGAAGAUCAGCAAAAAUAGCGUCGACGGUUAUGGUCUUCUCUUCAAUGGUGCUAGCAUCCCCGGCCUUCCUUGUGUUUGGCAAGCGGCGGAUACAGACCCGAAUCUCCGACAUCGUUGGGGAAGAGUGCUCGAUUGCCGAGGGGCUGACCAACACGAAUUACCCGUUGGCUUACUAUUGCUCGUUGUUGGUCACCUGCUUUGUUCUGUUCGUCGUGUUGAUGGCUUUGUACUUCUUAAUCGGCAUCUAUGUGUGGAGACACAAAAAGAAAAACAAAGGUCGUAUGCAGAAAGUGGUCUUUACCCACCCGUCCAAUGAUCGUAUGUCGGCAACUAUUUCGUCUAGCAGUGGAAACGUGGAGGAAGACUUGAAACUGCACAAACCAACCAGGCAUAAAGUUUCCCGCCCAAUCAGCAGCCCGGUUGAUCAUCGUCAACCAACGUCGGUUCGUGUGUCGAGGACAACCGUCAUUAUGUUUCUCAUCACGCUUCUUUGGAUCGUUAGCUACCUGCCACAUCUUGUCAUGGUCACUUGUGAAAUUGUAGUCAAAAAUUUCCGUACAUCACUCGGCACGACGGGAGACGUCCUCUACAACUUGUCUUUCCGGUCGUAUUUUUUCAAUAACGCUAUUAAUCCUUUUAUCUAUGGAAUUUUUAACCUUCGCUUUCGUAAAGAACUUUUCAUUCUUUUGGACAACGUCUUUGGUGCCUGCUCUUGUAAAAGAAGCCAAUAG